GUUCAAGUCCGAGUCACGGUUUUCUUGCCAGGAAUGCAAUCAUCAAGGCUCAUCACAAAGUCCUCCAGGCGUUCCAUCGCAGGUUCUUCCAGGUCGUUCUGGUCAACUAGCACGAGAUGCGACGACAAACCUGUCAUGAAUCGCUAUAGCAAGACAGUCACCCAGCCCAAGGCUCAGGGUGCAAGUCAGGCUAUGCUUUAUGCCACUGAAGGUAUCAAGAGCGACGAUGAUUUCAACAAGGCUAUGGUGGGCGUAGCUAGCGUUUGGUACGAGGGUAACCCAUGUAAUCGUCAUCUCCUUGGCUUGGGACAAGAAAUCAAGGGCUCCCUCUACGAAGCCGACUUGAUAGGCUACCAAUUCGGUACAGUAGGCGUUAGCGAUGGUAUCAGUAUGGGUACACGGGGAAUGUCAUACUCCCUACAGUCGCGAGACUUGAUUGCAGAUCAGGUCGAGACAGCCGCCGGUGGUCACUGGCUAGACGGCAUGGUCGUAGUCCCCGGAUGCGACAAAAACAUGCCUGGUGUUCUAAUGGCGCUUGGGCGAUUGAACCGACCAGGGCUGAUGGUGUACGGUGGUACUAUCCGAGCAGGUUCAUGUGGUGGGAUGCCCCAGCUCGACCUCGUCUCAGCUUUCCAAGCGUAUGGAAAAUACCUGCAAGAUGGCAAGACGGUGCAGGCUGAGAGAGAGCGGUACGAUACCGUCCGACACGCCUGCCCCGGACCUGGUGCUUGUGGAGGCAUGUACACCGCAAAUACGAUGGCCAGUUCUGCAGAGGCGUUGGGCAUGACGCUCCCGGGUUCUUCGUCGUUCCCAGCUGAAUCUCAAGAAAAGCACGAUGAGUGUAAAGCUGUAGGAAGCGCCAUGCGCCAUCUCCUUGAAAAGAACAUCCUUCCUCGAGACAUUAUGACGCGUUCUGCAUUUGAGAAUGCGAUGGUCUUGGUCAUGAUCCUGGGUGGCUCUACGAACGCCGUGCUACAUUUGAUUGCUAUGGCUCAUUCUGUGGGCAUAAAAUUGGACCUCGACGACUUUGCUCGUGUAUCAGAACGCACGCCUUUCCUGGCUGAUAUCAAGCCAAGUGGGAAGUAUGUAAUGGAGGAUGUUUACAAACUAGGUGGUAUACCCAAGAUUCUUCACUUCCUUCUCAAAAACAAAAUGAUCGACGGCGACAACAUGACUGUGACGGGCAAAACAUUGGGUGAAAACCUCGAACGAUGGACGCACCAGUACGGCGAACUUUCUCCUAGCCAAGAUGUCAUCCGACCAUUGGAUAAGCCCAUCAAGGAGACCGGCCAUUUACGCAUUUUGCGGGGAAAUCUGGCGCCUGGAGGUGCUGUUGCGAAGAUCACGGGCAAGGAAGGCCUUGAAUUUACUGGUAAAGCGCGCGCUUUUGACACGGAGGACGAUUUUGUCGAGGCUGUAGAGAGUGGCUCCAUUAAGCAGGGCGAGAAGACGGUCGUUGUCUUGCGGUACCUUGGUCCGAAAGGUGGUCCUGGUAUGCCCGAGAUGCUGAAGCCGACUAGUCUAAUUAUGGGUGCUGGAUUGGGUCAAGACGUUGCUUGUCUCACUGAUGGGAGAUUCAGCGGAGGCUCCCAUGGAUUCUGCAUAGGACACGUCGUACCUGAAGCUCAGGUUGGUGGGCCGAUUGCACUCGUCCAGGAUGGUGACAUAAUAUCCGUUGACGCUGUUGCAAACUCGAUCGAGCUGCAUAUUACCCCGGAAGAGAUGGAGCGCCGCAAAAAUGCAUGGGUUGCACCUCCUUUGAAAGUGCAGCAGGGAACUCUUUACAAGUACGUGAAGACGGUGCAGGAUGCUAGCCAUGGAUGUAUUACAGAUGCAUGAUGUCGAUGCGAGUCAACUCUGUCGAUACCCUCCCCCCAGAAAAAAGAAAAAGUACAUAGGAGUACUGAGUACUACUACUUCUAUCGGAACAACAUAAUCUAAAUUGCUGGAAUUUUUGAUGCUAUGGAAAUGAGGGCUAUGAUCUCGUGGAUUUGACCUUGCGCUUUUUUUCUGCUUUAGGAAUCUUAUUUUUCCUUUUUUCUUUAGCCUCAGCUUUGACAGCUUUCUUGCGCUCCUUUUGGCUUCACGGUCCUCGUGCCGAUGCCCUCGGGGUUUUCGUGCGGUAUGAUCGUCAGCGUCCGCCUCCUCGCUAUCUUCAUCGUCAUCUUCAUUUGAAUCUUCCUCUGACUCUGAUCCCUCGUCCUCACCAACGCGCAACUUGUCAACCGCUGCAGAUGCCGAGUCAACCAAGCCUAUCGUAUCUGCGUAAAUAAGAGCAUUGCCCCCUCCGCAUGCCAGAACGUCCACGUCUCGUUCUGGGUCAUACACCUGGUCCAGUGUGCGAGGAAUAUAUGAUUUGAGGAAGACGUUAUCGUCUUGGGCGGAGGUUGUGUGGGUCUCUUCACUAUCUUCA